UCUUCCCUUCUGCAGCCAGCCACCGCUGAAGAGCCAGCAGCCAAAAUGAAGCUCCAACUCCUUGUGACUUCCGACCCAAGCAAGAACCAUAAAAGGCAUCCCAAAGCACCUUCCCACAUUCGCAGAAAGAUUAGGUCUUCCCCUCUUUCCCAAGAGCUGAGACAGAAGUACAACGUUCGAUCCAUGCCCCUCCAAAAGGAUGCUGAAGUAUAGGUUGUGCAAUGACACUACAAAGGUCAGCAGACUGGCAAAGGAGUCCAGGUUUACAGGAAGAAACGGGACAUGUGCAUUGAGCAGGCACAGCGAAAGAAGGUGGGCCUUCACCCUGGAAAGUUGGGUAUCACUAGACUAAAACUGGACAAAGACCACAAAGAGAUCCUUGAAUGUAAAGGCAAGUCUUGCCAAGUAGGAAAGGAAAAGGGCAAAUAUAAGGAAGAAACCAUUGAGAAGAUACAGGAAUAA